UGUCACAUCCCAGGCUGUCUGAAGGAACCACUAAGCAGCCUUCCUGCUUUCCUUUUGGGGGCUUAAUGAGGCACCACCUGGAGCUCCUUUGAUGCCUUCGACCAGGAUGUAUUUCCUUCUUGUCGUACUAGCCUAGGUGUCACUCUGAGGAACCCUCCUCUCUCGACAGCAGCAGCAACACAAGCCACACCAUGGCUGAGAUGAGCCAAGAUGCUGUCGAGAGAUACCUGGAAGAGAACCCUCGGUUUGCCAAGGAGUACUUUGACAAGAAGCUACGGGUGGAGGCGCCGGGCGCUGAGACGAUGCAGGUGGAGGAGACAGCCUUGUGCCUGGAGCUACUGCAGUCUACGCAGGAUGAAGCAGGCAGCGCCGAGCGGGUGACUCACAGGGUCCUGCAGAGGCUGGCUCAGCUUCUACAGGCUGACUGCUGCAGCAUGUUCAUAUGCCGAGCAAGAAAUGGCAUACCCGAAGUGGCCUCCAGGCUGCUGGACAUCACCCCAACUUCUAAGUUUGAGGACAACCUUGUGGCCCCUGACAGAGAAGUUGUGUUUCCAUUGGACAUUGGGAUAGUGGGCUGGGUCGCUCAUGAGAAGACAGCGGUUAAUGUCUCAGAUGUAAAAAAGAACAGCCAUUUUUCUGACUUUAUGGACAAGCAAACUGGGUAUGUCACCAAGAACCUGCUGGCAGUCCCCAUUGUGGUGGGGAAGGAAGUCCUUGCUGUGGCCAUGGCAGUGAACAAAAUCAAUGCUCCUGGGUUUUCCAAACAGGAUGAAGAGGUCUUUUCCAAGUACCUUGGUUUUGUUGCUGUUGCCCUAAGGCUGCAGCACACUGGCUACCUGUACAGCGUGGAGUCCCGGAGAAGCCAGAUCCUUAUGUGGUCAGCCAAUAAAGUAUUUGAAGAGCUCACCGAUGUUGAGCGGCAGUUUCAUAAAGCACUGUACACCAUCAGAACAUACCUGAACUGCGAGCGCUACUCCAUUGGUCUUCUGGACAUGACCAAGGAGAAGGAAUUUUAUGAUGAGUGGCCAAUCAAGCUUGGAGAAGUCGAACCUUAUAGAGGACCAAAGACUCCAGAUGGCAGGGAAAUCAUCUUCUAUAAAAUCAUCGAUUACAUUUUACAUGGAAAAGAAGAGAUCAACGUGAUUCCGUCACCGCCUGCAGACCACUGGACACUCCUCAGUGGAUUGCCAACAUACGUUGCUGAAAAUGGAUUUAUCUGCAACAUGCUGAAUGCCCCUGCAGACGAGUACUUCACAUUUCAGAAAGGACCAGUAGAUGAAACUGGCUGGACCAUUAAAAACGUCUUGUCCCUUCCUAUUGUUAACAAGAAAGAAGACAUUGUGGGAGUGGCAACAUUUUACAACAGGAAGGAUGGGAAGCCCUUUGAUGAGCAUGACGAGCACAUCACCGAGACUUUAACCCAGUUCCUUGGAUGGUCUCUUUUAAACACUGACACCUAUGAGAGAGUGAACAAACUGGAAAGCAGAAAGGACCUAGCUCAGGAAAUGGUUAUGAGCCACACAAAAGCCACCCCUGAUGAAAUCGGCUCUAUUUUGAAAUUUAAAGAGAAGUUACACGUAGAUGUAAUUGAAGAGUGUGAAGAGAGACAGCUCCUGGCCCUACUGAAGGAAGAUUUGCCAGACCCACGAGCAACAGACCUGUAUGAGUUCUGUUUCAGCGACUUCCCCAUUACAGAGCACGAGUUAGUUAAAUGCGGGUUGCGGCUAUUUUUUGAGAUCAAUGCGGUGGAGAAAUUCAAAGUACCGGUCGAGGUUCUUACAAGGUGGAUGUACACAGUGCGGAAAGGGUACCGCCCUGUCACCUACCACAACUGGCGGCAUGGAUUCAAUGUGGGGCAGACCAUGUUCACCUUGCUGAUGACUGGGAGACUAAAGAAAUACUAUACAGACCUUGAAGCAUUUGCCAUGCUCGCUGCUGCCUUCUGCCAUGAUAUCGACCAUAGAGGCACCAAUAAUUUGUACCAAAUGAAAUCCUCAUCGCCACUUGCAAAGCUUCAUGGGACUUCCAUUUUAGAGCGACAUCACCUGGAAUAUAGCAAGACUCUCUUGCAGGAUGAGAGUUUAAACAUCUUCCAGAGUCUAAGCAAGCGGCAGUUUGAAACAGUGAUCCAUUUGUUUGAAGUUGCAAUAAUAGCCACUGACCUGGCAUUGUAUUUCAAGAAGAGAACCAUGUUUCAAAAGAUUGUUGAUGCCUGUGAACAAAUGCCACAUGAAGAAACCAUCAAAUACAUAACUGCUGACCCAACCAAAAAGGAGGUCAUUAUGGCCAUGAUGAUGACUGCCUGUGACCUGUCUGCCAUCACUAAACCCUGGGAGGUGCAGAGUCAGGUAGCACUUCUCGUUGCAAACGAAUUUUGGGAACAAGGUGAUUUGGAAAGGACAGUGCUGCAGCAGCAACCAAUUCCUAUGAUGGACAGAAACAAAAAAGAUGAGCUCCCCAAACUUCAAGUGGGAUUUAUUGAUUUUGUUUGUACAUUUGUGUAUAAGGAGUUCUCACGGUUUCACAAGGAAAUCACCCCCAUGCUGACCGGCCUUCAGAAGAACAGAGUGGAAUGGAAGUCACUAGCGGAGGAGUAUGAGGCGAAGGAGGAGUAUGAGGCGAAGGCGAGGGUGACCGAGGAGGAGGUAGCAAAGCAGGAAGGAGGAGCCGUGCGUGGAAAAGCUGCCACAGAUUUAGGAGGUGGCACCAAUGACAGAAAGUCUAAAACGUGCUUAAUGUUGUAAUACAACCCAACUGGUUUAUAUUUCAAGCAUCAUCUUAGUUUCCAAGAAAAAAAGCAUUCAAACGAACCUUGCUGAAUUCUGUCCAGUCACCCUGAAGUAACAAAACAGAAACAUCCCCAGAGACACUGCCAUGUGACUAUCCACAGAAUAUCUACUGCUGACCUAGAAACUCUGUGAGGUAAAUAAAGUUUAAAGAACAAAAACAAUGAAUUUUCUGCCAGUUUGUGUUAAAUUAAAAAUUUCAAUCUUGAAAUGA